ACAAGGCUCCUUCCAGUUCACAAGUCUGAGAAGACGCAUGAAGAAGUUCUUGCUUCAACAGUGAUUGAACGGAACUCCUCUGCCUUCGUCCCGCAUUAUAGAACAUUCUGGAUUGAUGACAUAGCACUUACUUGAACUAUAAUAGCAAUAUAGUUUAAGAAACUCUAUUUUUGUAACUCUUCAUUUUGAUAUAAAAUAAAAAUCUGCCAAGAUGGAGUCUCAGAUCCGCCAGAACUAUCACCACGAUUGCGAAGCUGCCAUCAACCGGAUGAUUAACUUGGAGAUGUUUGCCUCCUACACCUACACCUCAAUGGCUUUCUAUUUCUCCCGUGACGAUGUGGCUCUGCGUGGCUUCGCGCAUUUCUUCAAGGAGAACAGCGACGAGGAGCGGGAGCACGCCGACAAGCUACUCUCCUUCCAGAACAAGAGAGGCGGACGCAUUUUACUCCAGGACAUGAAGAAGCCAGAACGUGAUGAGUGGGGCAAUGGGCUGGAGGCCAUGCAGUGUGCUCUGCAGCUGGAGAAGAAUGUGAACCAGGCCCUGCUGGACCUGCACAAGAUUGCCUCUGACAAGGUUGACCCCCAUCUGUGUGACUUCCUGGAGACUCAUUACCUGAAUGAGCAGGUGGAGGCCAUUAAGAAGCUGGGAGACCACAUCACCAACCUCACCAAGAUGGAUGCUGUCAAAAACAAGAUGGCAGAGUACCUGUUUGACAAGCACACCCUGGGAGGCCAGAGCUAAACCACUUCCAUCCCCAGGCUACGGCCUCCAGCCUCAGACCAGGACUCCUUGGCCAGGAGGAUCUGCUUUUAUAGGGAUGGGGGAGUGUUAAACUGGUGAAUUGCAACACUGCUGUGACAUUGAUGUUUCUGUUCACAACACUACUGUAUUGGAGGCAAGGCUUCUUGUAAAACAAUAAAAAAUAUCACUGAA